AUGGGGACCAAUGGGGACGUUUAUGGCGGAAGUGACCUCUCGGCAACCGUAAACAUCGGAACGUGACGAAAUGUCAAAAUCUGUUGCUAGUUCAGUUGCGGUUCGAGUCUCGAGAAAUAGAGUGACGAAAGAUUAGAAGACGCAGACUGAUUGUUGGGUGUGCACUUUACUCACUGCUCCAUAAAAGGUUUCUUCGAAUCAGGAAAGCAAUAAAAGAGAACCAAGAAAUUGGUUUAAAAAAGCUGAAACAGAGUGGUUGUUCGCCAUGGCGGAUGCAACGUUGGACAAUGUCAUCUCGACAUUGCGGGCAUGUUUGCUGUCUGCAAAAGGAGGGGUGUCCAUUCAUAAUCUCAACAAGGACUAUGAGAAUCUCAAUGGAUAUAAAAUUCCUUAUCGAAAACUGGGAUAUUCAACUCUGGAAGAGUUCUUGCGCACUGUACCUGGUCUUAAGGCUGUUAACAAAGGUGGUGAUUUAAUUAUCGAAGCGCAACCGACUAAAGACUCUGUUCACAUUACCGACAUGAUUGCACGUCAGAGAACGACUUCAAAGAAAAAACCAAGAAGAAUGGCUGUCAGUCGAUAUGUUCCUCAACGAAGGCCAGUACCAAGUAGCUGGGUACCACCUGCAAUGAGUCAAGCUAUAUCUAGAAGUCCACGUACAAAUAGACAAUAUCAGACUUUUCGAAACGAUCGGCCACCAACUGGUAAUCUACCUUCUCUCAUGGCACUUCCAGUAAAACAGCCUCCACCGUCGCCAACGGUUGAUAAGCCACGUUAUUUGAGAUCAACAUCCGGUACAAUGCCGAGUUCUCCUAGUAAGCAAAUGUGGGACAGAAAAACUAACACGGUGCUAGCGCAAAACCAAAGUCUUAACAAAACAAAGGUCACUGAACCUUAUCCAAGAAUUGCGCCAUUUGUGGGAGAACCGCUACCGCAUACUGGACGACCUACAGGCGAACCUCCACGAUCUGUGCCUAAAGUACGUUCAAACCUAAGCGAAAGGUUAAACGUCAAACCAGUUGCUAAAAAACAGCCAGUAUUAUCUCCCCCGCAGCUUUCGCCUGUGCAAGUGACAACGGGAUUGGGAAAUAUUCAAGGAGUCACCUCAACGUCAAUUUCUUUGGUUCAGGAUGACACGAAUCGAAAAAAUUUCACACACGUUGGGUCACAUGAUCCAAGAGACCAAUUGAAGGCUCUUGCUCGUACACUCAAUCUUUCCGAACCGGAGUACAAGCUUAUUACAGCGACGACAAAAGGGAAGAACGAUAAGUUUGUAAAAGUACCAGUUUACGCUCAAGUGAAGGUUGGCAGCUCUUUGAAAUACAGCAGCUAUCCCAACGAGGCGCAUACGUCGGAGGAAGCUGAGAAACUGGCAGCCGUGCAAGCCAUUAACGAUCUUACGGAGAAAUAUGGACCCUUCACAGGAAUUGCUGAAACGAAAGAUAAGACGUUGAUCAAGGAGAGGGUUUGCGCGAUCAUCGAGGCUCAUCCUAAUGGUAUAUUCAUGCACCAAGUGCCAGUCUAUUACAAACAGCAGCACAAUGAAAAUCUACCCGAAAAUUGGCUAAGGAUUAUCGAGGAGUGCUCGUCGAUAAUGUUGGACAAGGGUGCCCACAACUCUAUGAUCCUUCGACGUUCUGUGCCAUACGUAGAUAAGGUUGAAGAAUAUACUUCAAAAAUGGAUAGGAUCCAAUUGAAUCCAAUUGGAAUUGCCGCACCCGGAACUCUUCAGUUGCCACGUGAAAAUUUCUGGAUUACUUUCGUUACUCUUGUGACCGGUACUGUUGGUAUAUGGGCAAAACUCGUGGGCAGCGAUUACAGUGACAAAGUUGCCACGAUGGCCAGUGAAAUGGAACAGCACUAUGCCCAUAUGAAACCAAACCAGUCGCACAUUGAAGUUGACAAUUAUUACGCCAUAUUCGAAGACGAGUCCUGGCACAGAGUUCAGUGUCUGGAAUACGAUGAUCAAACUGGAGAAGCUACAGUACUUUUUAUAGAUCUUGGAGACGAGGAUACCUUCCAUUACACGAAGCUCUUCCCACUUGAUAAACGAUUUUGCACCCUUCCAGCGCAGGCUUUACGACUGUGCUUGGCUGGUCUGGAAGAAUUUGCCGAAUGCGAAAGCAUAGUGAGUGUAAUGGAAGAGCAUUUGGUAGCACGUACUCUUCAUGCUCAAGUUCUGAGUCGGGGUACCGAUCGAGAAGGACCUUUUGCCACAGUUAUCUUGCACGAUACUCAAGGUCCGGAUGACGUUAACUUGAAUAAGGUCUUGUUCAAGUUAAUCAUGGAGCAUUUCGCUAAUUCGUCGAACUUCUUUAAUACGGAGAAGCAAAUAGCUGAAGUGUUCGUUUCGCACGUAGAAGACAAUGGUGAUGUAUACGUACAAACCAAAUCUGAAAGUCUCACGUAUCUGGUGCAUUUAUUGAAUCGUCUGAACAGCACUGGACUCAGUCAGGAUGACGUUAAGAAGAGUAGCGUCAGCGUGAUCGACACUACUAAGCUUUACUACGGACAGUCCAUAAAGGAUGGUAAUUGGUAUCGAGCUAAAGUAAUUGAUAUUGCGUCGCAGCCAUUAAAAAUGUUUCUCGUCGACUUUGGAAAAAUUACUACUGUCGCUAGGAAGAAUCUUCUCUCCUUGGAGAAGCUCUCUGACGUCUUAGCCAAAUUUCCAUAUCAGGCGGUUAAGGUUCGUUUGAGCACUCUACAGAAUUCUAAAUUAACCGAAAAAAUGGUGGCAAGAUUGAUCGAAUUAGCUCCUCAUACCGAACCACUACUUGCUAAAGUAGUGAGACCAGGUAACAGAGGUUUACCACCGUUAGUCGAAUUGUUUAAACGUAUUCAACCAGACAACAUCUUAAUUUCGAUCAAUAACACUUUGGCCUUGGAGCCAGAACUGUUGAGAACCGAUGGGGAUGGCAAUAAUAACAAUACACAUUCUCGCAAGCGAGUGGAACGCAGUAUCUCCAGGAAUAUAACAAACGGUGACGUAGAUGCACCGAAGUCUUUGAAGCCACCAGAAAUUUCAGACAUUGGUGGAUACUACGAUGUUCAUGUAACGAUGGCUGCACAUCCUGGAAACUUCACUGUGCAGCCUUUCAAUGACAUGAUCAAUUUGCAAGCUAUGAUGGUCCAGUUGCAAGAGCGUUGUAGUAAAUAUCAAGGAUCGCCGAUGACUCGAGAAACAGUUAAAGAGGGUAGACUCUAUGCAGCUAAACAUAUUGAUGGUCAUUGGUACCGCGUAUGUAUUUCUAAUAUUAUCAAUGAACAAAUAGUGACAGUGUAUUUUUGUGACUUUGGUGACGUAUCGGUGCUCACCCUUGACAAAAUUCUACCUCUGACUAGAGAGUUUUUGGAACUACCAUAUCAGGCAAUCAGAGCUAGACUCGUAGGAAUAAAGCCUACAAAUAUUGAUUGGUCGGUAGAAGAUUGUCUUCGAUUCCAACAAUUGGUCGUGGAUCGUGAUUUCGUCUCAAUUGUAACAGAAUCCGGUCCAGAUCGUCUCUCGCCAGCCGAUACAGUUUUGGGUUUGCGACUCAUUGACGUCAGCAGCGACGAAGAUAUCUUCAUUGAUGAAUUAUUGGUGGACGAAGGUCGCGCUUUGUUCAUAAAUCAGCCCGAAGCAUAAACUUGGUACGUUAAUCGGGUGUUGAUUUAUGAUAAUAAAAAUUGACUGAUGCAAAAACAAGGUGUAGGAAAAGACAGUCAUUGUUAGAACGUUGAAUCGUGCGCUAGAUGACUUUCUUUAUAUAUUGUGAAUAAAUAUGGUACGACGGGUCAUGCCAAAAGAAUCAGAAUGUAACGAAUGCCAAGAGAGAGCUAAGCGAAUUGCACAGUUUUACGAAGUCGCGUUUUUCUUUAUUCUGACCUCGUAGAACAAACUGAUAUCCAGUGACAGCUUCUGUAUCCUUGUCCAGGAAAUAGUUUUUCAAUUUAUUUAAUCGGUAUACGAUAUAGGGGCGAUAUACGUAUGCGAAUUGGUUAUUAUUAAUUGCAAAACUCUAUGAGAUACUUGCAGAGCACUGGAUUGUCGUUUGUGGACGCGCGAACUGUGAUGCUUUUAUUAAACAAAACAAAGAUAAAAGAUAAUAAAUGCAUACAUACUGUCACGCGUGUAUGUAUGUAUUUAUAUAUAUACGUAUAUGCUUUCCAUAUAAGAGCAUUAUUUAUUUUAUACAUUAACGUUUUGUAUAUCAUCCCGUACGAUCAUUUUCGUAAUGCUCCUGCGAUCACAACUCUUGCCUUUCCUUUUUUUCUUCUUCUUCGAUAAUUGCAUGGAAAGUGAUGCGAGAGACGCGUUAUAAACUUCUGGCUAUUGUACGUCAAACCAAACGUAGUCCUUGAAAAUCGUACGUCAUUUCAUGUUAUAUUUGUAGGUAUUAGUUUACGCCACGUAAUUCAUUUGAUUCCGGUGGAAUGGAAACUGUAACGUUAGGCGUUAGGCUGUGCUUGUAGUAGUGAAAAGUAUAGUACUGAAACGAAGGCUUCCAGUGAUCUUUUUCUUUCGCUUUUUGUAUUUUUUUUUAAGGACGAUAUUCGAUCGUGUCGAAUAAAGGUCGAUGGAGAUAUUUUGUAAUAAUUUAAUUGUCAAUGAUAAUUUGACAAUUGACAUUUGAAUGUUUCUGACAUUAACGUUCAAUAACGAGAGAAAUAAGGAUUUGUUUGAUUUCUGAGGAAUUAUUGGGAAUUGUCAAAAUGACUGGUCGCGACGUACGAUUGAUUAAUGCUGCUAUUUGCUGGAGGUCUGUAACGCGUGAUUAAUAUUUCCUAUUCUUUCUUUGUGUUUACGAUAUGUGAGAUUAUUACUUGUUACAUUGUUUUUGUUACUCUAUAGAUUCUUAUCGAUAAAUUAAGAUUCUUUAAAAUGUUAUUUUAAGCUGCAUUUUGGUUUAUCUGGCUGUCGCCAGUUUUAUGAUUCCUAUUCAGAUAUUCCUAAUUUUUCUUUGAACAAGUAUAUAUGUUCAAUGUGAUUCUCAAAUAAAGGUGCCAAUGUGACAACGCAAAUUGAAGUAACUAAUUGCAAGAAAAAUAAAAGUUUAUUUUUUACUUUGCACUCAUUAGACCUCUAGAUCCUUGAAUUGUUUCUAAAUAUUUUUCGAGGAAUAUACAUUUUUUGUCCUUUGAUUAAACAAAGGAAUCAAUUUGUAGCAGUUUGAAAUAGAAGAAAAUGUUUACAAUAAUUCCUGUAGUAUGAAUGACAGUUGUUCAUAGCGAAGCUUAAUGAUCAAUCUUCUUUUCCUCGCUGUGCAAGAUUUUAUCAUAACUUCGCUACGAACAAAUGUUAAACUUAUUAUAAUUAUCUCCAAUUAGUUCAUAUCGAAUAAUGAAUUUCCAUGUUUAUGAAAAGAAGCGUUUGCUUUCUCGUAUAUGGCAAUAAGUAACGUUUCUAUGAUUGAUUGUUUUUACAUAAUAUUUCACAAGUAUUUGUUACAUAUUCCAUUAUUUACAUUGCGCCACGUAUUGCAAUGAUCCAAGGUAACUAUAUCCAAAGUGUAAGUGUAAGCUUAUAUGAUUUUCUUUAUUUUUUGGUGCUAUUGUUUAUAGAAAUCGUUAUUACGCAAGUUACUUCUAUCUGUGUUGUGUUUUAAAAAUGUUAAUUUUUGUUUGGACUGAUAACCACCAAUAAAACGCAGUUCCAAAUAAAAUCCUUAUAGCCAUAUCUUUAUCAUUUUUAUACCAAAUGUUAAUACCGCCUAGUACAGAUAUAUGGAAUAUAAUUUUAAGUAAAAUGAUAAUCUAAUUACAGGAUAGUAUGCAUAAAGUGUAUAUAUAUGCAUUUUCGUAUUUCUAUAUUUAUUAUACUUAAAAAAAAACAUUAUCAAUAAUAUAAUUUUGUCAUUAUUAUAAUUCAUUGUAUAUCACUUUUACAUCACAAUAUGGCGGUGCAGCAGACUUUCAAAUUAUUAAAAGUGACCACAGAUAUCGUA